AUCGCCUCCAUUGUGUGGGGGCUGCAAGGGGGGCUCUGGGCAUCGCCCCCUCCCUCCGCGGCCACGGAGGACGCCUCUGCCAAGGAAAAGCCCCGCGGAGGGCGGGGACGGCAGGGGAUUUUGGGGAGCCCCGAGGGAGGGAUCUGCUUUGUCCCGGUGCUGCCUCUGCCAUGGAGCCGUGGGUGCUGCUGGAUCCGCGGCAGAAGGCCCUGUACCUCGACGUGAUGCACGAGAGCUACGAGACCCUCAUGUCCCUGGCAGCUCAGGGGCUGGUGAGUGAAAAAGCCGUGGAGAAAGGAGCAGCGGAGAGCAGUGCUGGGCUCAGGCCACACUCAUCCCACAGCCUGGAGCGGGAGAAGCCCCUGGGCUCCCACAGGCGCAAAGCGAAGCGCCCAGACAAAGCCGUCCCCCCUGGGACCCCCAAACCCACCACGCUCCCCAAACUCAGCUGUGUCAAACCCCUGCGUGGAAAAGGCCCCGCCCGGGAGCGUCCGUUCGGCUGCGCCGACUGCGGGAAGAGCUUCCCGUGGGCGUCGCACCUGGAGCGGCACCGGCGCGUGCACACGGGCGAGCGGCCCUUCGGCUGCCCCGAGUGCGGCGAGACCUACAGCCAGAGCUCGCACCUGCUGCAGCACCGCCGCAGCCACGCCAGCGACCGCCCGCACAAGUGCGGCGACUGCGGGAAGCGCUUCGGCGCCGCGGCCGAGCUGGCGGCCCACGGCCGCGGCCACGCCGCCGACAAACCUCACAAGUGCGAGGACUGCGGGAAGGGCUUCGUGUGGGCGUCGCACCUGGAGCGGCACCGGCGCGUCCACACCGGCGAGAAGCCCUUCGAGUGCGCCGAGUGCGGCGAGGCUUUCAGCCAGGGCUCGCACCUCGCCAAGCACCGCCGCAGCCACACGGGCGAGCGGCCGCACCGCUGCCCGGCCUGCGGGAAGACCUUCUGCCAGAGCUCCGACCUGGCGCGGCACCGCCGCACGCACCUGGGCAGGAAGGCGCUGCGCUGCGGCGACUGCGGGAAGUUGUUCCGGGCAGGGCCGGCGCUGGCGCGGCACCAGCGGUGCCAUCGCCGGGAGCACUCGCACCGCUGCAGCGACUGCGGGAAGGGCUUCGUGUGGGCGUCCCACCUGGAGCGGCACCGGCGCGUCCACACCGGCGAGCGGCCCUUCCCCUGCAGCAGCUGCGGCGAGCGCUUCACCCAGAAGGCUCAUCUGCUGCAGCACCGCAAGACCCACUCGCCAGAGAGGCCCUACAAGUGCGGCGACUGCGGGAAGCGCUUCGGGGAAGCGCCCCUGUUCCUGGUGCACCAGCGUGGCCAUGCUGCGCACAAGAGCUACACCUGUGACGACUGCGGGAAGGGCUUUGCCUGGGCGUCGCACCUGGAGCGGCACCGCCGCGUUCACACCGGCGAGAAGCCCUACAAGUGCCCCGAGUGCGGCGAGGCUUUCAGCCAGGGCUCGCAUCUCACCAAGCACCGCCGCAGCCACCUCCCCAAGGCUGCGGGGCCCUCGCCCCUUGCCAGGACACGGCUCGCUGGGGACACGCCUGCAGCUCAGAGCAGCGAGGAUCCCUAAGGACUCAGAUGUCCCUCGGUGUGAUGGAGGUGAAGACACAACGGAGGGAAAACUUGUCUUGGCGACAAGCAAGGACAACAAGUGACACUUGAAGGGCACUGGGGUGGGUGACAGGGGUGCUCUGUUGUGGCACAGAUUUAUCUGCCCUGGUGUCUCCCCACAGCAAUGGGUGAACAUUUGCACCUGCUGCAGUCCAGACCCCAGAAAAGGGACGAGCUGGGGGAGAAGGAGCCUAUUCCCAAAGGAAACAGCGCUUGGCUCCAUCAGGGAAGGGUGGGGGAACCAGGGCUGGUUCUGAUACAAAAAUCCAGUGGUGUUGCGCCCACUUUGUGCUGCCAGCGGGCGGGAGAAGAGGAUGGAGGGGGCAAGAUGCUCAGGGUGAGCAGGAGGUGCUGGCACAGGGCAGGAAUCGAGUGGGAGCCCCACACCUCAUGGACACCUGUGUCUCUUUGUGCUCCGACCCUGUGCUCUGAUGCUUUCUCUGCUCCAGGCACAAGCACUUUCUUCUUCCCCAGAAUCAAAACCACGCAGACACAUAUGGAGGGGUUUUGUUUUUUGGCUCAACUGCCUUCUACUUUAUUAACUGUCACUCCAAGCCCAGGAAACCUGGCCUGGCUUCUCCAGCAUUCCCACCUUAAUGCAUCCCAACCCGUUCCUUUGUACACCCCCAGAGGAGUCUGGGGAGGUCCCAGCUGUGCUGGUGAUGGGUACAGGUUGCCAGGGCUCUUUUCCGAGCUGUUUGGCUCCAAAAAUCCCCAGGGAACAGGGUUCCCUGUGUGUUUUCACUCUACCAUGCACCCAAGUUAUGUUCCCCCCCCUUUCACCCCCCUACUAGUAGAGCAGAGGAUGAGGAGGCUUACAGGGAAAAGUGUCUCCCCACCAGCCCGAAUGACAUCUACUUCUCCCCAAAUCCACCCUCAGCCUGCCCCAUCUCUCCUUUCCCUGUGCCCGCCCAAAACCUUCUUGGCUGCGCCCCCAUGUGCUCCCUUGCCACCCCCUCAGCCCACAUCCCCACCCUGACCCUCAUUCCACAGUAUCCUGGGCCCCCCAAGGCCUUUCCCAUCCUGGGGGAGGAGCACAGACCCCCCUCCCACCUUGGCCGUGGGGUGUCCCCAAAAGUGGAGAGGGACUCUGAGCACCCCAGCUCCACCUCAUGGCCGGGCUCUGGGAACCCAGAAGAAAGGAUCAGGGUAAUUUUAAAUUUAAUGGGUAAUUAUUCCCUAAUAAGCCAAUGGCAAGGCCAAGCUGGGUGUGAGACAGGUGGUGAACAAACCCGUCCAUUCUUCUGCCCCACAGUCCUGCAGGAAAUUCCCACCUUUUGCCCCUGCUGCCUCGGGAAUUUUCCUUUUUUUCCCAAAAAUUAAUACACAGGAAGAAGCAGAAAGGGAAAAAAAGAAACUCAAAGAUUCCUUAAAAAGGAAUAAAUAAAGGAAUAAGAAAAGGGAUGAAACGCCUCCCAGGAAGAAGAAGUUUCUGUCAUCUGCAGACAAGGCUCUGCUGAGAGAUCUGGAGCCUAAAAUUAAUUUUCACCCAAAUUUUACCCACACAACUCAUUCCUAAUGCACCAAACCCUGGGUGCCCAUCCCCAGAGUCUAGGAAUCUCUUUCCAGAGAAUCCUGUCACAAAUUUUUCAGAUCACCCCCAAACCCCCUCAGCAAUCGCUCCUCCUGCCCAAAAAAGGAUAAAUCACCCCAUCAUUUCCCCAUUAUCCCCUGAGCCUUAGGGGAAAAACUGGAGUUUUCCCAGCUAUAGGAAGAGCAUUUGAUGCUUUCCUUUAUAAAAAUCAUGGAAAAGCAAAUUCCUGUUGCUCCCCUCACCCUUCCUCAUCGUCCUCAGGAAGCAGCAGGUGUGUAAGGAUCCCAAUCAUUCCUUUAAUUUUUAUUCAUUUAUUAUUAUUCCUGGAAGAGAGGUUGGAAAAGGGUGGAUUUGCAGGUUCUGAAUAACUUACUGAUGUCGGGAAUAAACGGCCAAUAUCCGGCACGGAUCCCUCCUGCUAUGUUUCCCUUUAUUUUUAUGUAUUUUGGAGCC